AUGUUUCAGUCAUCUACCCUAACUUGGGGUGAUCACUUUAUCGGCGAUGCUGCAACACUGCCCAACGCAACGAACUGGCUCUUCACCACUGGCACAUCUUACCCCGGCGGUUCCGCGAAUUUUGGCACCGGCGAAAUUGAGACCUACACCGAUGCCAUCGCAAACGUGCAACUUAGCGGCAGGGACAGUCUGCAGACCACCACUAUCAAGGAGUCUGCAGGAGCGUGGACCUCCGCCCGCAUCGAGACGCAACGCACCGACUUUGUUGCUGCGGCUGGCGGCAAGAUGCGCAUCCAGGCCAGCUUUAGCUUGCCCGACGUGGGUAACAAGGCCAUCGGCUACUGGCCUGCUUUCUGGGCGCUUGGAAGCGCACUCCGUGGGAACUACCUUCAUAGGAACUGGCCCGCUGUCGGGGAACUCGAUAUUAUGGAGAAUGUCAAUGGUCUCAGCGAGACCUGGGGUACGAUGCACUGCGAUGUCAACCCGGGUGGUGCUUGCAACGAAACGGACGGUCUCUCUGGCAAUGAUAACCCACCCACCCCACAAGAGAGCCACCCCCACAUCCGAGCCAUCCGAAAUUGCUGCAUCAUCAAGAACAUCCCUUUUUUUAAACUAUUACAACAAUUGCUAUUUAUCGCUAAAUAA